AUGGCCCGGGUCCCUCUCGGCAGAGCCCUGAGCUUUGCCGUCCUGGGCCUGGCGUUGGGGGGCAUGCUAGAUACGGGGCUGCCACCUGUGGGGUACCACCCCCGCUUCAACCCCUUCUUCUUCCUGUGCACCCACCAUGGUGACCUGGAGGGGGGUGGGACAGAGGUGCUCCUCACACUGCAGAUCGUGGGGAACCCCACUUCCUACACUCCUGGACAGGAGUAUCAGGUGACAGUCUCCACCAGCACGUACUUUGAUGGUUUCCUGGUCACUGGACUCUACACUUCCACCACUGUCCAGUCAUCCAUACCUGCUCCUGCUGCAUUUGGCUUUGGGAUGAUGCCGGAACGCCAGUAUGGAACCCAGUUUGUGUGCAGCGUGGUUGCAUCCCAUGUCAGCCACCAGCCUUCCAUGAGCUUCAGCUUCGUCUGGAUCGCCCCACCGCCCGGCACCGGCUGCAUCAACUUCCUGGCAACGGCCACACGCAGAGGACAGAUCAUCUUCAAGGACGCCCUGGCCCAGCAGCUUUGUGAGCAGGGAGCUCCCACUGAGUCCCCACAGAGACCCAUUCUAGCUGAAAUUCACGGCAAUCACGUCAUCCUCCGAGACGACUUUGACUCGAACAGUCAGGAGGAGCUGGAUUCCCGUAUCUGGUCAGGGUGUGGAGGCUGCGAGGUGGGGGAACGUUGCGGCAUCCUCAUGCACGGCAGGGCAGUGACCUUCUGUGAGCCCCUCGCACAGAGAGAGCUGAUCACCAGACCCCUAAACACCAGCACAGCCUCCUUUCUCCAGUUCGCCCUGGGUUCCGGGUCCUGCCGCUUCAGUUACUCAGACCCCGACAUCGUUGUGUCGUUCAGCCUGAAUGGAUCGAAGGAAUGGACUGCCAUGGAAAGGAUCAGGGCCCCCUCCAACAGCAGCACCGUGGUACACCUCCUCCCCCUUCCCGCCCACUCCCGCGGAGAGGAGGUACGUCUUCGCUGGGCCCAGGACCCCGCGGUCGGGGCGGCGGGCUACGAGUCCUGCUGGGGGGUGGACAACGUGCUUCUUGUCAACAUGGCCCACCGACCACCUAUCCUGGAGGACAACAUGGACCCACCAGACACCUCCAACUGGCUCUUCUUCCCUGGAGCCACCAUCAAGCAUGCCUGUCAGUCUGAAGGCAAUGCCUUGUAUUUCCGUGGCAGCGAAGUGACGUGGCACAGCUUUGCCUCCACCCGUGACAUUGACCUGCAUCGUGAAGAGGGUCGCAGCUAUUGGGAGGAAGAGUUUGAGACCCCUCCCACUGGGUGGGAGAUCGAGGGGGCUGUGUACGGGACCCAGUGCGGGGAGGUAGAGUCAGGCUUCUCCCUGGUGUUCCUGCGGGAUGGACAGAGGAAGGCUUGCACCCCAUACCUGGAUGCCACAUCUUAUGGAAACCUGCGUUUCCACUUUGCCAUGGGUGCUGGCCAGUGCAAUGCGGGCGAGUCCCAUGACAACGAUGUCAUUGUUUUUGGCCAGUCGGAGGGGCAGAGGGAGCGUGUACUGUUGGACACCUUGCCAUACUCCUCUUACAGGACCCCCACCGUAGUGUCUUUGGCCCUGCCCACGGAGCUGCAGAUACCAGUAACCCGGUUCUGCCUUGAGCAGCGGGCUCAUGGUGGUGCUGACCGCCAUGUCUGGACACUGGACUUUCUGCAGCUGCUUCCAGUGCUGCCCAGCGCUCAGACCCACGUGGCCCAGUUCUCCAUCAACCUGGGCUGUGGCUCCUACCAGCCGGCCAACAGCGUCAGUUUGGAGUUCUCCACCAAUCACGGCCGAUCUUGGUCCUUCCUGCACACCGAAUGUUUACCUGAGUUGUGCGCAGGGCCACACCUGCCGCAUAGCACUGUCUACUCCUCCGAGAACUACAGCGGGUGGACCAGGAUAUCUAUCCCCCUGCCGAACGCUGCCCUGACCGAAGGCACACGCUUCCGCUGGAGGCAGAUGGGGAUGGGUGCUGGAAACAUGUGGGCAAUAGACAACGUGUACAUUGGACCGUCCUGCCUGCGGUUCUGCUCUGGGAGAGGACACUGCACACGCACCGGGUGCAAGUGCGACCCAGGCUUCAGUGGACCAGCGUGCGAGUUGGCCUCCCAGACUUUUCCAGCCAUCCUAUCAGAGAGUUUCUCCAGCACACGCCUCUCGUCCUACCACAGCUUCUCCUCGCUGCGUGGAGCUGAGGUCAGCUUCGGCUGUGGGGUGCUGGCUGCGGGCAAGGCUUUGGUCUUCAACCGGGACAGCCGCAGGCACCUGGUCACCACACCUCUGGACAGCUCCCAGGCCAGGUACCUCCAGUUCACCCUGAGGCUCGGAAGUCGCAGCGCUUUGAGCUCCUGCCCUGCACCAGACCAGCCAGGAGAGGGUGUCCUCCUGCACUACUCCUCCGACAAUAGCAUCACCUGGACCCUGCUGCAGCACUACUCCUACCAUGGCUUUCAUGAACCCAGGAUUGUCUCUGUGGAGCUUCCACCUGGCGCCCGUCGCUUCGGAGUGCAGUUCCGCUGGUGGCAGCCAUACCACUCUGGCCGUGGGCAGGAUGUGUGGGCUCUGGAUGAGAUCUCCAUGACCUCUGUGCUCUUCAAUACCAUUAGCCUGGACUUCGAGAAUGUGCUGGAUGUUACCCAGAGCCUGGGUUUCUACUUGGGCCAUGUGCAGCCCUACUGCGGCCAUGACUGGGCACUCAGCUUCUCCGGUGAGCCCAGCCCCGGCUCCAGCAUCCGCUACGUGGAAACUCAGUCCAUGCAGAUCGGCGCCUCCUACAGCCUCCAGUUCUCUCUGGUGAUGGGCUGUGGGCGUGAGCCUUCUCCCCACAUGGACACGCAGGUCCGCCUGGAGUUCUCCACCAACCACGGCCUCACCUGGCACCUGGUGAAAGAGGCAUGUCUGCCAGGGAUGCCUAGCUGCCCUGAGUUCACCGCUGCCAGCAUUUACCACCCCUCCGAGUUCCCCCGGUGGCGGAGGGUCAGCCUGCCAUUGCCCCAGAAGACAUGGUCCAGCGCCACACGUUUCCGCUGGAUCCAGAGCUACUACGGCGAACCCGACGACUGGGCCUUGGACGAUAUUUACGUUGGGCCGCAGUGCCCGCUCAUGUGCCACGGUCACGGUUGGUGUGACCAUGGCAACUGCAGGUGUGAUGAUGGGUUCUCGGGCUCCGACUGCCAGCCUGCAGCUCCUCUCAGCUCCAGCGUUCUCUCGGACUUCGAAUCCCAGACCACGCUGCUAGCCACUUGGCAAGAGGUGAUCGGUGGAGAGGUGGUGACCCCUGACCAAGGCUGUGGUAUUAUCUCAUCGGGAUCCUCCCUGUACUUUAGCAAGGCCGGGCUGAGACAGCUGGUGAGCCGGGACCUGGACACAGAGUGGGCGGAGUUUGUGCAGUUCUACCUGCGUGUAGGUGGGGACGGGGCAGAGUGCAACCAAGCCGACAGCCGGGAGGAGGGUGUGCUGCUGCAGUACAGCAACGACGGGGGCAUCAGCUGGGGCCUCAUUGCUGAGAUGUACUUCACAGACUUCAGGAAACCUCGGUUUGUGCACUAUGAGCUCCCUGCAGCCUCCAAGACCCCUUGCACCCGCUUCCGCUGGUGGCAGCCCCUACACUCUGGAGAGGGCUACGACCAGUGGGCCAUUGAUGACGUCAUCAUUCUCUCCGAGAGAGAGAAGCACAUUAUCCCCAUUGACAGCCCCACCCUGCCUCAGAACUUCUACGAGAAGCCGGCCUUUGACUACCCUCUGAACCAGAUGAGCGUGUGGCUGAUGUUGGGCAAUGAGGGCAUGGACAGGGAGAGCAACACCAGCUUCUGCGCGCCCACGCCUUCCGCCAUGGUGUUCGGCCGUUCCGAUGGGGACAGGGUGGCGGUCACACGGGACCUGGCCCUGCGCCCUGGAUACACCCUCCAGUUUAAGCUAAACAUUGGCUGCGAGUCCCAGUUCAGCACCGUGGCCCCGGUGCUGCUGCAGUACUCGCAUGACGCAGGGCGCAGCUGGGCGCUGGUGCGAGAGGCAUGUUACCCCGGGUCACCGGCUAAGGGUGGCUGUGAGGGCAGUGGCCGGGAGCUGAGGGAGCCCAGUAUUUACUACGCCGGAGACUACGAACGCUGGACCAGGGUCACCGUGGUGAUCCCCCGCAAUGUAGCUACCAGCAAGACGCGGUUCCGCUGGUUCCAGGAGAGCAGCCUGCACCGGGAUGCCCCCGUCUUCGCCGUGGAUGGGGUGUACAUCUCAGAGCCCUGUCCUGGGCAUUGUGGGGGUCAUGGGGACUGCAUCUCAGGAGUCUGCUUCUGUGACCUUGGCUACACAGCGGAGCAGGACAGCUGUGUGCCAACCGCACCCAGCCCCACAGAGCUGGCAGAGAGCUUUGAAGGCAAGCUGAGCUCCUUGUGGCAAGACCUUGAUGGUGCUCAGAUUGGGGUUGGUUGUGGGACCAUCUCCGAGGGCAAAGCCUUGCACUUCAGCGGCUCCGGGAGAAGAGAGGCCCGGACCGUCCCGUUGGACACCAGCAACACCCGCCUGGUCCAGUUCUACAUCCGGAUAGGUGCAAAGAGCUUGGGCGCGUCCUGUACAAGGCCUCGCUCUCGUAACGAAGGUGUGAUCGUCCAGUUCUCCACCAACAAUGGCAUUCAGUGGCACCUCCUCCGAGAGCUGGACGUCACCUCCUUCCUAGAACCGGAGGUGGUGACCAUUGAGCUUCCCCCGCAGGCGAAGACUGCUCACACCGUCUUCCGCUGGUGGCAACCUCAGCUUGCCAAGCCGUCAGCCCAGUGGGCUUUGGACAAUGUGUUGAUUGGGAUGAACGACAGUUCCAGGACAGGCUUCCAGGACAAGUUUGACGGCUCGGUGCCUCUGCGGCACACCUGGAGCCGCGUGCAGGGUGGAGAGGCGGCUGUGGAUUGCCAGUCGCUGGACACUGCGCUCACCUUCAUCUCCGAGGCCGGGGACAGGAAGUUGCGGGUCGCAGAAAGCUGGGACUUUGAGGUGUCGGGUUCCUCCUUCCUCCAGUUUGACUUGAGCAUGGGCUGCAGCAAGUCCACCUCCACCUCUAUAUCCCACGGGGUCCGCCUUCAGUAUUCCACUGACGGGGGGCGCCGUUGGGCUCUGGUCAUCCCUGAGUGCGUGCCUCCUGCCAUCGGCUGCUCCGGCUACACCGAGAGCUCCGUCUACAGCGCCCCCCAAUUCACCCGCUGGAGAAGGGUCACGGUAUACCUGCCCAGUGCGGCCACCUCACCUAGGACACGGUUCCGUUGGAUCCAACUCUACUUCACCCCAGGGGCAGACGGCUGGGCUUUGGACAAUGUGCUGCUGACACCAGGAUGUCCCUGGAUGUGUUCGGGUCAUGGACUGUGUGACAACGGCCGCUGUGUGUGUGACUGGGGGUAUGGGGGUGCCCACUGCGUCCCUCUAACCCCCCUGCCAUCUGUGCUGAGGGACAGCUUUGAUGAGAAUCUGCGAGAGGACCGGUGGCCUGAAGUAUAUGGGGCCGAGAGGGGCACCCUCAGCGGAGAGCCCCUCAAGUCUGGCUCCGCUCUCAUCUUCAAAGGGGAGGGCGUCCGCAUGCUGGUGUCCCAAGACCUGGACUGCACUGGCACUCUCUACAUCCAGUUCUCCUUCAAGUUCAUCACAAAAGGGGUCCCGGAGCGCUCCCACUCGGUUCUCCUCCAGUACUCCGUGAACGGGGGCAUCAGCUGGCUGUUGCUGGACGAGUUCUACUUCCCCACGUCCACCGACACACUGUUCCUGCACCUUCCCCUGCCCCACAGUGCACAAACCAAUGCCACACGCUUCCGUCUGUGGCAGCCCUACAACAAUGGUAAAAAAGAGGAGGUGUGGGUAAUUGAUGACUUCAUCAUCGAUGGAAGCUCCUUGCCCAACCCCCCUCUCCUGAUGGACAGCUUCGAAGGAGGACCUCAGGAGAACAACUGGCUUUUUUAUCCUGGGGGCAACACAGGCCUAUACUGCCCCCACCAGAAGGGGGCGAUGAAGGACGACUCGGCCGUGGUGUUUGUGUCCAGCGAGCCUGGGGAACAUUCCAUAACCACCAGGGACGUUGACGUCAACGAGAACACCAUAAUUCAGUUUGAGAUCAACGUGGGCUGCACCGCAGACUGCUCCGCCACGGGCCCCGUGCGCCUCGAGUUCUCACGGGACUUCGGGGCCACUUGGCAUCUCCUGGUCCCGCUGUGUCCGGGAGACCCUCGGCCCAGUUCCCUGUGCUCCGCUGAGCUGCACCCCUCUAGCAUCUACUACGCCGGCACCAGCCAGGGCUGGAGGAGGGAGGUGGUCCACUUCAGCAGGCUGCGUCUCUGCGGGUCGGUGCGAUUCCGCUGGUACCAGGGCUUCUACUCAAGCGGCACCCCACCCCCAACCUGGGCCCUGGAUAAUGUGUACAUCGGGCCACAGUGUCAGGACAUGUGCAGCGGACGGGGGGCGUGUGUGGGGGGCACCCACUGUACUUGUGACCCCGGCUACUCCGGGCCCACUUGCUCUGUGCCCGACACCCCCAACCCCGAUUUCCUGAAAGAGGAUUUUGAAGGUGGCUCCGUGGACACAGACCGCUUCAGUCUCGUCAGUGGCGGGAAGCCCUCCCGCAAGUGCGGCAUCAUGAGCAACGGGAACCACCUGUUCUUCAGCGAAGAUGGUCUCCGAAUGCUGGUCACCGCUGACAUGGACCUGUCCAAUGCCAGGUUUGUGCAGUUCUUCCUGCGGCUGGGGUGUGGGAAGACCCCUCCGGACCCUCGCUCGCAGCCCGUGCUUCUGCAGUUCUCCGUGGAUGGUGGCCUGUCCUGGGUGCUUCUGCAGGAGUUCCACUUCAGCAACAAUAGCAACCAGGCACGACUGGUGGCUCUGGAGAUCCCGCUGCGGGCUCGCACCCCUGCCACACGCCUGCGCUGGUGGCAACCAUCUGAAAGUGGCCACUUCCCCAGCCCCUGGGUCAUUGACCAGGUGGUGGUGGGAGGCAGCGCCAUCGGGUGGGGUCCUUUGGAGGAUGACUUCUCCUCGAUGGACAGCCGCUCCUGGGUGCUCCAUCCCGGGGGGACGCGCAUGCCUGUUUGUGGCUCUGAUGGGGAGGCCUUCGCCUUCAUCGAGAAGUCCAGCACGCGCUACGCCGUCACCACGGACAUCAGCGUGGGCCAGGACGCCUUUGUCCAGUUUGACUUCUCCGCCUCUUGCUCUGUCACAAACUCCUGCUACGCUGUGGAGUUCCAGUACUCUUUGGACCUGGGCAUCUCAUGGCAACCGCUUGUCAGGGACUGUCUGCCUGGGAGCCCCGACUGCUCAGCCUACACCUUGCAGAGACUGCUGGUCUCUGACGUUUACAACAAGUGGGGUCGCGUCACCCUGCCCAUCCCCUCAUACGCCAGGUCUUCUGCAACCCGCUUCCGCUGGUACCAGCAGGCACCCUUCGACAAGCAGCAGACUUGGGCCCUGGACAACCUGUACAUCGGGGAUGGCUGCCCAGACAUGUGCUCAGGACAUGGGCGCUGUCACCAUAGUGCCUGCAUCUGUGACCCAGACUGGGGUGGGGUGUACUGCGACGAGCCUCAGGCCCCCCUGCCCACCCAGCUCAAGGACAGCUUCAGCCGAUCCCCGGCCCCAAGUAGCUGGGUCCUGUUGACAGGGGGUAAGCUCAGCACCGUAUGUGGGGUCGUGGCUUCAGGAGCAGCGCUGCACUUCAGUGGAAGUUGCAGUCGGCAGCUUGUCACUGUGGACUUGAACCUGACCAGCGCCGAGUUUGUCCAGUUCUACUUCAUGUACGGGUGCGUGGCCCUCCCGAGUAACCGUAAUCAGGGCGUGCUUCUCGAGUUCAGUGUCAACGGGGGCAUCAGCUGGAACUUGCUCACAGAGAUCUUCUACGACCAGUACACCAAGCCCGGGUUUGUGAAUGUCCUCCUCCCCCCCGCUGCACGGAUCGAGGGCGUGCGCGUUCGCUGGUGGCAACCGCAGCACGAUGGCGCCGACCGCAGCGACUGGGCCCUGGACAACGUGCUCAUUGGCGGCUCUGAUCCCCACGCCCAGAUCCUGGACACGUUUGGGGGGUUGGCUCUUCCAAACCACGAGCGAGCUCCUGCGGACGGAGCCCCCGUCGGUCGCAUCGCCCACCUCACGCAGCCCGAGGGCAGCCCCACAGUGAGUGAGUACUGGCUGUUCUAUGAGGACUGCUCAGUCCAGAACUUCUGUGGCUCCUCAGACGGUGUCAUGAUGUGCGGCAACGAGGAUGGCCGAGAGGUGUACGCCAUCACGCACGACAUCAUCCCCAGCCGCGGCUGGAUUAUGCAGUUCAAGCUGGCAGUGGGCUGUGGGGCUCCUGAGAGACAAAUGCAGCGACAAGUACAUGUUCAGUACUCCAUGGACUUUGGUGUCUCCUGGAAGUAUCUGGUGGCCCAGUGUCUGCCGGCUGAUGCCCUAUGUGGAGGACAGGUGUCCCAGCCCUCGGUCUUCUUCCCGGCCGAAGGGUGGAAACGUGUGGUAUACCCUCUGCCUGACAGCAUGACUGACACCCCUGUGCGGUUCCGGUUCUACCAGCAGCACUCAGACACGCAGUGGGCGCUGGAGAACUUCUACAUCGGGCCGGCGUGUGAAGGCCACUGCGGCGGCCAUGGGGACUGCCUGGACCAGCGCUGUCUUUGUGACCCAGGCUUCUCCGGACCCAACUGCUACGCCAGCAUGCCACUCAGGACCUCUCUGAAGGAGCGCUUUGACUGGACUGACUCUCCGGGUCCCCAGUGGGGGGUUUUGGAAGGGGGCCGACCCUGCACUGACUGCGGAGUGCUGGUCGAGGGAACCGCUUUGUAUUUCGGUGGCGCCAAUGCCAGGCAGGCCGUCACCGCAGACCUGGACCUCCGCGGGGCCAAGUUUGUGGAAUACUGGGCCAGGAUCGGCAGUCAAGACAACAUAACCACCUGUCAGCGCCCCACGUGCCGCAAAGAGGGCGUUCUCCUGGACUUCUCCACCGACGGGGGCGUGUCCUGGACCCUCCUGCAUGAGAUGGAUUAUUUGAAGUACGUGUCGGCGCGGAGGGAUUACAUCCUCCUGCCGGAGGCCGCGCUCACCAAUGCCACCCGCCUGCGCUGGUGGCAGCCCUUUGCCAUCUCCUCUGGCCUGGCCACACCCAGCUUGGGGCGUGCUCAGUGGGCUCUGGACAAUAUCCAGGUGGGCGGCUCGGACAUCAACCCGAGCUCGCUGCUGGACACCUUUGACGAUGAGGGUGUGUCUCACGAGGACAGCUGGAGCUUCUAUCCCAAUGCCGUGCGCACAGCUGGGUUCUGCGGAAACCCCUCCUUCCAUUUGUACUGGCCCAACAAGAACCACGACGGGACGCACAACAUCUUGGCCACACGGGAGCUCAUCGUCCAGCCCGGCUAUGUCAUACAGUUCAAGAUUGUGGUGGGGUGUGAAGUUGACAGCUGCGAGGACCACCAAGCAGUGCAACUGGAGUACAGGAAGGAUGCCAGGUCCAACUUGUGGCAGUUGGUACAAUCCGAAUGCCUCCCCUCUUCUGUCAACAACGUGGGAUGCUCACCCUUCCAGUUCCACGAGUCGACCAUCUACAGUCCGGUCAACAGUUCGGAGUGGACGAGGGUCACGGUGCAGCUGCCUGACCAUGUUUCCUCUGGUGCCACUCAGUUCCGCUGGAUUCAGCGAGAUGGCACCGGCGAGCGCCGAAGCUGGGGUGUGGACCGCGUGUACAUCGGGGAAGCGUGUCCUGGAUUCUGCAGCGGACGCGGCUACUGCACCAGCGGGGCCGUCUGCAUCUGUGACGAGGGUUACCAAGGUGAAGACUGCUCCUUGGCCAGUGGAGACUUGCCCAGCUCCAUCAAGGACAACUUUGAGUCAGGCAGCACAUCGGACGAGAGCUGGCAGCUGAUUAAGGGAGGGGGAGUGGGCAGUGGCUGUGGCCAACUCUCACCCCAUGCCCACGGGGACUCGCUCUACUUCAACGGCUGCAAGAUGCGGCAGGCCAUCACCAAGCCCCUGGACCUCACCAGAGCCAGCAAGAUCAUGUUCGUGCUACAAAUCGGUAGCACAUCCCAGACGGACAGCUGCAACGCUGCGCUGGACCGGUCGGACACCGUAGACCGGGCUGUCCUCCUUCAGUACAGCGUCAAUCAUGGGGUCACCUGGCACGUCAUCGCCCAGCACCAGCCCAAGGACUUCAUCAAGGCCCAGAGGGUCUCCUACAACAUCCCUCUGGAGGCCAGAGUUAAAGGGGUGGAACUGCGAUGGUGGCAGCCUCGCCAUGACGGUGCUGGCCAUGACCAGUGGGCGCUGGAUCACGUUGAAGUCGUCCUAGUCAGCACCCGCAAACAAAACUACAUGAUGAACUUUUCGCGACAGUCCGGCCUACGCCACUACUACAGCAGGAAGAGGCGAGCACUGCGACAGCACGUCUAAAGACCAUGCAGGGGUUCGCCCCGUGACCUGCCAAUCACACAUAAACCCUCCUUGCCCCCUUUGCCCUGAUGACAUGUUGCCCUGCUAAGUCCCAUCCAUCAACAGACUCCAGUCAGCCUUAGACUGUCCCACUCCUUUCUGACAGACUCGCUGGCCAUUCAAGCAGAAGUGUGGGGAAUCUAAGCUGUCGCCGAUCAUGGCCUUCGCAGGGAAGAUGGUAGCGGGAAAGGCAAUGCAACAAAGUGGCCAAUUUGUUUACUUUCCGCGAACUUUUUUGGGUUUUAUCAUCAUUGUUGUUCUUGGUAUUCUUACUGUUAUAACUUCAAAACUAUCCUGCCUUCCACCCCAAAUCCUCCUGUACCACACUGUGAAGUAUAUAUACACGAUUCGCCCAAGAGAAGGGAACGGUGGAGUGGAACUGAGCUCUCCGCUGGGAAGGCUUGGCCUUCCUCGCUGAGCCGGGAGGACAGUCCGGACGGUGAAGGUGAUGGGUGAAAAGAGGCUCUGAGUUCCGUGUUCUUGCUGUUUUUAUGUGUCUGUGGAUUCUUAUUGUGACAAUUUGACUGUGGCGUCCGCUUCAUUUGCUUGUUAGUUCUUUAAACUGAGUUUUUCUUUUUUUUUUUUGUCAAUCCAAACGAUCGGUUGGCGACUGAAGCAUCCUGGACUUUGAGACAAAAGGAAGAAAGAAGCACAAAAAAAUUAAGAAAAAAAAAUGCAAAAAAAAAAAACAAAAUUGACUGAAUGAUUUUUAUUUCUUUUUUUUUAAUAUGUUAAAUCCCAAAAUACAGAUAUUUAUGGUAUAAAGUUCUCCACGUGACCUAUUUAAUAUGCACUGUGUGUGAAAUCUGUGUUAUUUUCCAGUAUUAAGUUAUUAGCAGUGGAGUCAGUUUCUUUGACUACAUUGCCUGACCUCCACCCGCUGUGCCCCUCAAGUCUGUCCCCCCAUCUCUUUUAUAAAUUGGGAUUCCUGGAGGUGGGGUCUGCCUGUCGGUGUUGUUUUGCGGUCUGUGUGUAAUGGAUUCCUGCUCCUCGGUGUAAGUUCCUUAUAGCAAUCUCCUGUAUUGGUAUGUAUAGCCGCCAUGGGACCACCCAGCAGCCUUAUUAAAGGGAAAUAAAGUAC